AUGGUGAAGGAAGGUAUUAUGCUGGGACACAAAGUCUCCAAGGAUGGGCUGAAGGUGGACAAGGCAAAGAUUGAGGCGAUUGAAAAGCUUCCACCUCCAGCAAAUGUGAAAGCUAUCAGGAGCUUCUUGGGACAUGCUAGCUUUUAUAGUUGCUUUGUGAAAGACUUUUCAAAGAUUGCACAACCACUUAGUGCAUUGUUGGAGGUAGAAAGAAAGUUUGACUUUGAUGAUCAAUGCCGCAACGCAUUUAUGAUACUGAAGAAUGCAUUAACAACCGCACUUGUGUUGAUCGCACCGGAUUGGACACAACCCUUUAAAUUAAUGUGA